CCUUUUCUCUUCGACUACUGUCCUCGCUGUAUUUACAAGCCAUCAUGGACACAGUCGACAUUCACGAGGGACACCUCAAGGAUGCCUCAUCGCACGAAAUCGAAGAUGUAGAUGCGACCGAGGUGAUUUCCUUCACGCCAGAGGAGGAGAAAGCACUGGUGAGGAAGAUUGACAUGACCCUUCUACCUACCGUCUGGGUCAUGUAUCUCCUAUCUUACCUGGACCGGACCAAUAUCGGCAAUGCCAAAAUCUCCGGGAUGCAGGUAGACCUCCAUCUGACCUCAAACGAAUACUCCAUUGCUCUGGUUGUCUUCUUUGUCGGAUAUGUGGUGUUCGAAGUUCCUAGCAAUUUGGCGUUGGGUCGGUCUCGUCCAUCCAUCUUCCUCUCUACCAUCAUGAUUCUCUGGGGCGCAUUGACCUGUGUCAUGGCUGUUGUCAAGGACUUCUCGCAUCUGGUAGUCCUGAGAGUCAUCAUUGGGUGCAUUGAGUCUGGCUUUGCACCCGGAGUAUUACUGGUCUUGUCAUCAUGGUACAAGCAGACCGAGCAGUCCAGGAGAUUCGGCGUGUUCAUCUCGGCGGCCGUUCUAUCAGGUGCCUUUGGUGGACUCAUUGCGGCCGGCAUUGUCGACGGCCUUGAAGGUGUGCAUGGAAUUAGAGGCUGGCGAUGGCUUUUCAUCAUCGAAGGUGUUAUCACCGUUGGUUGUGCGCUCGUAUCUCUUUUCGUCCUGCCUGACUUUCCUGCUACAACGCGACGACUGUCCGAUCGCGAGCGGCAGAUAGCUGUGGCCCGACUGGCCAGGGAGAAUGUCACGGCAACCACCGAAGAUACCGAGCAUUUGAGUAGCUUGGGGGCGUGUAGAGUAGCCUGCAAAGACUUCCGCACCUGGGCCUUUGUGAUUGGAUAUAUGGUCAUCGUUGGGUCAAGCACUCUAACAUACUUCUAUCCUACCCUAGUCAAAGGGCUCUUCGGCGACGCGUCCACCGAGAAAGUUAACUUCCUGACCGUUCCGAUCUACGGCGUGGCCUUCGUUGCCACAGGUGUCACGUCCUACUGCGGUGAUAAGUUUCCCACAUGGCGUGGGCUAAUCAUUGCUGGCUGGCUGGCAUUUUCCCUGAUCUGUUCCGUCAUUGUCUGUGCUGUGUAUAACUUCACUGCUCGAUAUGUACUCCUGGUUCUUAUGGCCGCUGGGCUUUGGUCCACCAAUGGCGGUACACUGGCGUAUGCCUCCUCGGCCUUUGCUGGAAUGCAUCCGCAGGCUAGGGGUGUUGCUUUGGCGAUGGUAAAUGCGCUGGGCAAUUUAGCACAAAUUUACGGAUCGUAUCUUUUCCCUGACAAGGACAGCCCGAAAUACAUCAUGGGGUUCUCUGUGAUCUCUGCUAUGCUGGCAGUGGGCGUGGUUGUCUUUCUGGUCUUGCACAUCUGGUUCCGUCGCCGUCUACGGUCGGGGAACGUCCAGUGAUGGUGGUGUGAAUGCGGGCGGCUCAUGGAUGGCAAUAUCACAAUCCAUGCUUCAC